UUCAUUCAUUUCCAGCUCUCCCUUUCCAACGUGAUCAUCUUUCUAGCUGUGCGAUCUGUGGGCACCGGCGUAAGCGCAGCGCUGUGUAUCUCUGUUGCUCAUCCAGGGGGAUAUAGGAGACUGGGGCUGGUUGGCUCUAGUGGGGACAGAAUCCUAGAAUAUGUCAAUCUCUCCUCGUUUGGUUUCUGUUAGGACGGGGGGAAGGGGAGCGGCGUGAAGCUGCGUGCAUUCCCUGCUGCGGGGCUGUGCUGGCAGCGGUGCGGUUGGUUUGUUUUUUUCUGCUUGGGAGGGUGGGAAGGAGCUCAGCAGGCCUGGCUCGGGGCCUGCUGGCCCUAAGGAGACCUGUCUGGGCCCAGCCUUUCAUGCUUUGGUCAGUUUGGCAAUGGCAGUGUGUAUCUGUGUGGGGAAAGGAGUGUGUGUAGCAAUGGUGGUACUUGAUGGUACAAUGGUGGAGGAAGACACGGUUUGUCUUUUUCACUGUUGUAUGGAGACACUCAGGUGAGAAAGCGUUGUGCUUUAUGGCACAGUUUCCUUGGGCAAAGGCUGCUUUGGCAGCAGAGGUUUGCUGCCAGGAGGCAUGAAAGCAGUGAAGCAAAUGCUGCCGUGCACUGGGCCCGGAGACAUCAGCUCCCAGCACGUCCCUGGCGGUGGAUGUGUGCACGCUCUGUGUCUGUCAGUGAUUGCUCCAAAGGCUUUGUAGUCAGCUGUGCGUGGCUGUUUUCUUUUUAGGGCGUGGGAACAGAGGGCAACUCGCUGAUGGGAGUGAUGGUGUCCUGCUCGGAAGUGGAUGUGCUGGGUGGCAGAAGAGGAUUCGUGGCCGAGUGUGGAAAAUCUCUCUGCUCCUUCCUGAAGCCCAUAGGACGGUGGAGCCGCUGAAAUACAGUGAGGUGGCCGCAGCUGCCUCUGUGACCUGGCAGAGAGCACAGAUGUGCAUCCAAAGCACCGUGUCCCUGAUCUCCGGCUGCCUGAAGAAUGGCGAGAACGUUGCCAUUGUCCUUAAGGGCAUCGGGGUGCUCCACAUUGACCUUUCAAAUGAAAUUCUACCGCGACUUCCUCGAGAAGCUGUCAGGCAAAGAGAAAUUCAGAAGAGCUCUUCUCAAGGCCCCCUGGCUGCUGGACAUGGUGGCGUCCCGAGCGGCACCGGUGGCCUCCCUGGCGCUCUCUGGCUGCCUUGUCGUCUUUCCCGAUCUGCUGCCAGCGAUAUGCGCAGUGCCUGAAGCCCAAAAGCAGCCGCUGACCUGCCAGCUGCAGGGCCAGGCAGGAACCAAAGGCCAAGAAGACCGGGGCCGAGCGCUGGGAACAAAACGCGUGAGCUUCCGUGAGGAAGACCUGGAAGCGGAAACGUUCCAAGGCCAAGAAUCCAGGCUACCACUGCUGCACUGCGACUCAGUGCAACUUCUCAGGCAGAGGGCUAAGAAGACCAGGCCAGUGCACAAAGAACCUGAGGAGGUGGCUGCAGCAGCAUCUCAGAGUGAGGCCAGCCAGCCUGCAGAGUCCUCCGCCGACAGAGCGGGAGUGCUGCCACCGAUAAACCAAGUAACACAGUCUCCGCAGCGUCAGCCUCCAAACACCAAAGCCCCACCCCGCAGGAAGGCCACCCGCUACCCACGCUGAUGCGGGCAUGGGGCGCCCAGGACUGACAGAGCUCCACUCGAGGCUGCAAAACUGAUGCGUCAAUCCCAUCUGCAUCAUACCUAACAGUAGACCAGGCUGCCCAGGGCCCCAAACAACCUGGCCUUGAACACUGCCAGGGACGCGGCGCCCACAAGCUCUCUGGGCAUCCGCUUCCAGCAUCUCACCACUGGCUCUGGAAAGAACUUCUCCCUGACAUCCAAUCUGAAGGAUUUCUCUACUCAAAACCACUUCCCCUUCUUCUGCCAUCACCUACCACUGUAAAGGUUCGACUGCCCUCCUGUUUGGAGGCUCCCUUUGUAUACUGGAAGGCUGCAAUGAAGUCACCACACCGCCUCCUCUUCUCCAGGCCCAUCAACGAGAUCUAGAGUGAAAUGUAGAGGGGAAAAAGCUGUCAAUAAAGCCUUACCAUCGGCCUAUUCUGUAGAAAUCUCCAGAAUGCCUGUGACAGUGUCAUUGCGUCUUUUCACACCAACUCUUGUGCCGGUGGAGGGGGAAAGAAUUGUGGGAGGGCAUCAGAACAUCUCACAGUGCUUUACUUGAAGCCAAAGGAAAUCCAGCAUCACGGUUGUCUUGUCUGUCAGAGCUUUUCCGCUGCAGGGGAUGACCAAAAAUGAAGUCAGCUUCCAAUUGUUGCGGCAGCUCAGAGCUCUCAGAGGAUACCAGCGGUCUCUGGAGGCCCUUUCCAACUGGAAGAUUGCGGCCUAUAAAGAAUCACAGAAUCAUAGAAUGGCGUGGGUUGAAAAGGACCACAAUGACCAUCUAGUUUCCACCUCCCUCUGCUAUGUGCAGGGUCGACAACCACUAGACCAAAGUGCCCUGUGCCACAUGCAGCCUGGCCUUGAAUGCCUCCAGGGCUGGGGCAUCCACAACCUCCAGGGGCAACCUGUUCCAGUGCCUCACCACCCUCUGGGGGAAAAACUUCCUCCAAAUAUCUCACCUAGACCUCCCCUGUCUCACUUUAAGACCAUUCCCGCAUGUCCUAUCACUACCCCCCCUCGUUACACUCGUACCCCCGCCUCUUUAUACGCUCCCUUCAACUAUUGAAAGGCCACAGUGAGGCCUCCUUAGAGCCUUCUCCAAGCUAAGCAAUCCCAGUUCCCACAUUCUUUCUUCGUAGAAGAGGUGCUCCAGCCCUCUGAUCUUCUUUAGUGGCUGUAUGGGAACUGUUGAGUCCCAUCCUGAAGCGCUGGUUGAUUACCUGGGGAAAAGACCCAGUCAGCUGUGGGAGGACAGGUGAAGGCAAUUCAGCUGUGUGACCACAACGGGUGGAGCCUGGCUGCGCUUCUCUCAGGCCCCAGUUAAGGACUGAAUGCCGCUGGGGAAGGAUCUCUUUCUGGAGGCCCCUCUCUGGUGGAACUUCUUUCUUCAUACCUGGAGUCUUCUGGUAUGUUUGAGUCAUCUUUUUCCCUUCCCUUAUAGCUCCUCUCUAUCCUGCUGAUCUUUCCGUUGUUACACCCCUGGUAAGGCACUUUUUUCCAUCAUAUUUAUCUGCCCAAUUGCUACAUUUGGCAAGCCAGGCAGGUACUUAUUUAUGACGGAUUCUCUUAGAAACAUGAACUCAGAAGACAAAGGAAGUCCAAGACAGAGCAGCAGGUUGGUCCCCUGCGCAGACCUCACUACAUGUAACUGCACACCCGUACACAGCUGUCGAGCUCAUGGAUUUGUUACAACGAUUUAAGCCAAGACCACGAGAGACCAUACCAGCUUGGCUGUUGAGGUUCUGGGACAGGGGAGCGGAAGUGUUGUAAUGAAUGGGCCUGAAAUUUCUCACAUCCGGCUCUCAGACAAACGCUCUAUGCCGCUGUGAUACAUAAUGAUGAAAACCAUUCUCUAAUUCAAUGGCUGAUGGCAGCAGGUAGACUCACAUGGCCAACAAAUGUGAUGUUCCCAUAAAUACGGCUCUAUGGACCUCAGCAUGAGCCUAUUCACCUGCCGGGACCACUCCGGAUUACUAACGUGAGGCAGUAUAGACUCCCAGGGGGGCAAGAUGAAAUCUCAAGAACGGUGCAGGAAGUAGAAAAAGUGGGCAUUAUAAGACCUGCACAUAGCCCACAGAAAUCCCCCGUGCGGCCAGUGAGAAAGUCAGAUGGAACAUGGAGAAGGACGGUGGAUUACAGAGAAUUAAUUAAAUGAGGACACGCUGCCUCUUCACGUGGCCGUUCCCAAUAUUUCCUCCCUAAUGGACACAUUGAGUAGGGAGAUGAAAACCUAUCACUGUGUCCUAGACUUGGAAAACGCGUUCUUCAGUAUUCCAAUUGCUGAGGAAUCGCAAGACCACUUUGCAUUUGUGUGGGGAGACAGGCAGUGGACCUUUCAGGUCCUGCCACAGGGGUACGUGCAUUCGCCAACAUAUUGUCAUCAUCCAGGAGCGCGUGACCUGGCUAGCUGGGAAAAACCGAAUCGUGUUUGCUUCUCUCAUUCUACAGAUGAUCUCCUGUUGACAUCUGUCUCACUGGAGGCAGUAGGGUAGGCGGCAGAUUCACUAUCUAUCUAUGUGCAAGAAAGAGGAUGGGCUAUAAAUCCUUAGAAGGUGCAAGGUCCGGGCCUGUCCCUAAAAUUCCUUGGGGGGGGUUUUGGUCAGGAAAGAUGGAAGACCACCCAGUGCUCUCAUAGGUAAGGUUCAGGCAUUCCCAGAGCCUACAGCACCCAAGCAGCUGCAGCAGUUCUUAGGUAUACUGGGAUAUUGGCAUUCCUUUAUUAUAGCUCAUUUAGCGCAGCUGCUGAGGCCAUUACACAGACUCAUGAAGAAGGGGCAACAAUGGGACUGGAGGAGAAGGGAGGACGAGGCUUUCCAACGGGCAAAACUGGCAGUGAAACAAGCCCAGGCAUGGGGUAUAUUUGAUCCUACCCUCCCUGCUGAGUUGGACGCUCAUGUCACUCAGGAUGGCUUUGGCUGGGGCCUGUGGCAAUGCCAGAGUUGUGUUUGGACCCCCAUUGGAUUCUGGUCUCAGGUCUGGCACGGAGCAGAAGAAAGAUGUAGUAUGAUUGAAAAACAGUUAUUGGCUGCCUACUCUGCACGGCAGGCGGUCGAGACAAUAACUCAAACAGCUGAAAUUAUAGUUAAGGCCACUUUGCCAAUUAAGGGGUGCGUAAGAAGAUCUGAGCCCUUAAGAUGGGGGUGGCCCAAGCACAAACGGUGGCACGAUGGCUCACCUGUCUGAGCCAGAGGAGCAGUCUGUCUUCAUCACCGCUGAAAGAAGAAUUCCCGAAGAUCCUAGGCCCAGUGACGUAUCACAGCGAUGCACCAAAACAAACACUGGUCGCUCCACCACAGAAGAGUCCCAUCCAGGAGGGGAAAUAUCUCAUUCCUGAAGAUGCCAGCUAUACACAUGGGUCUAGCAAGGGCAACCCGAGCAAGUGGACAGCGAUAGCAUACCGUCAAUCCACUGAAACAACCUGGUGUGAAGAGGGCGAUGGGCAGAGUAGCCAAUGGGCAGAACUGCGAGCCGUGUGGAUGGUUAUAACCAAGGAACCCGGUGAUGGGGUCCUGAACAUCUGCACAGAUAGUUGGGCUUUGUACCGGGGGCUCACUCUUUGGAUUGCACAGUGGGCCACCCAGGAAUGGACUAUCCACGCCCGACCAAUCUGGGGCACAGAUGACGUGUGGAAAUCAGACCCUAUAGCCGAUAAGGAUAUAGAGCAGGCAUGUGUUUAUUGGUGACGCGCGUACACCCUGGUGCAAGGGGGAUCACUCCACCUAACUUGCACACCGUCCGAAGAAAUCACGCUAUAGAUAUUGGUCAAACUAAUACAUAAUCAAUAGUUGACAGGAAUUUGGAUACAUAUUCACUACAGUCCCGAGAGCCCAUUAGCAAACAGUCCCUGCCCCGCCUUGCGCGUGCGUGGUAGGUCGUGAUGAUGAAGGCUCGCAGUCUUCCUCGCUGCAAACUUCUGACCCUGAAGGGGGGGCAUCCCCAGAACCGGUUCCAGCUUGCACUUCAGACAUCAGAACAUAAGAUGGACCUGCACCAAACACCCGCACGCAUCCAGUAACACCACCGAGCACUGGCCCAUGAGAGGACCUGAACUUCAACCGCAAACCAAUCAUCAAUACUCUUAGAUUGUGUCAACCUGCAGAGCCACAGGCAACGGUAUAAGCGUCGUGGUGUGCUGGAUCUCUGUAUUAGGGAAGGCUUACCCUCCAGCUGACUCCAUCAUUGGUUCACGCUGUAAAGAGAUGGAGAAUGGGAUUUCCUGACUUCCUGGUAAAGCCUGCAGCUGAUGCGGCAGCUCAGACCUGGGGCAGUCCCCAGGUCGCAGCUCCUGAAGCUUCCAUUGCCAUUUUGCUCAGUGAUACACGCUCUACAGACAGCGCCUGCCAAACCCAUUCUCAGGUCACUCAAUGGGGGAGAACCGUUGUUCUCUCCCACCUGCAAAGAACUGUCUGAGCCUUGUACGUUGCUGCCUUGUUAAGUGUCAUCUACUCCAGUUUUCCUUGGGCAAACUGCACCAAAACAAUUAGUCCAGGAGAAUUAUCCACAGCUGCUUGGAACGAUGCAAAACAAUCACUCCCUCUCUUUCUACAAGGAAUAAUCCAAGCCCGGAGCAGACAAACUCAAUCAAUUACAUAUUUCCAUCCUCUUUUGCUGGUACCCAUGUCUCAGGACAGUAGCACUGCUGAGUUAGGCUCUGCCUUGCUCUCUUGAAUUCCCUGUUCCCUUAUGGCCCUAGCUCAACAGCCUAGCAGCCUCUGUUUCUCACCGGCUGCACUCACAGCCUGUCCUUUCCCCUUCCCCCUCCUCCAAACUCAUUCAGAUCUUUCCCACUUGGCUGCAAGGGCCAGCUUGCAUCUGGCAUCUCUAGCAAGGGGCGUUCCUUUCUCCCGAGGUCAUGAGAAUGGUCCUUCAGAUGGAGAAAGUGCCGAGGAUGGAAAAAGGGGUUGGGAAAAUGGCCCUGAGGGAGUCCUGCUCCCAGGUGCAUGGUGGGCUGAUUACACAGCCACACUGUGAAGCCCUCCAUACUCAUUCCCAUGAAAGAGCACUGGGGAUACACAAAUCACCACCAUACCACUCUGUCAGACGUUUGCUUUAUUUUUCUCUAGAGCUUUCCAUAUGCUUAGAAAACAAGAAGGAUUUCUGUACAGAUAGAAAGCCGAGGCUGAUGGGAAUCCGUGACCCCGGUGGUUGCUUCAGGUCAGGGCACCGAGAGGAAGGCAGCAACUCCUAUUCCUCUCUUCAUCCCUUGCCUACUCCCAUACCAGCAGAAGAGUUUUGCUCCUAAGCAUCUCCAGAGGAAAGAGAUCGCGGAUGGGCCCCCACUGUCCCUCUUCCGUGCAUUUUCCGGCGGAGGACUCCUCAGGCUAGCUGGCCUCACCCUGAGAUGAUGAUGCUGCCAUCUCCUCAGGUUCUUUCUGCCUGCUCUUCUCAGUCCUCUGCCUGACAAGUUUGACAGAGUCGCAAGCCACAAGUGGCAGCCUGGAUGGGUGGCCUUGGGACUCCAUGGACAGGCUGGAAUGAGCCCUUGAGGAAGAUCUUGAAUCUUUGAUGAAAGCUGUUGUCUGCCUCAAGGUAACCUGAGGGAGCGAGGCCUUGGCUUUCAGAACUUCAGCAGUGCACCCACACGAUGGGCUUCUACCGCUUCUCGUUCUUCCUCAUGGAAGCAAAUGCGUUUGGUUUCCAGCGCUCGGCCCCGGUCUUCUUGGCCUUUGCUUCCUGCCUGGCCCUGCAGCUGGCAGGUCAGCGGCUGCCUUCGGGCUUCAGGCACUCCGCAGAUCGCUGGCAGCAGACUGGAAGGACAGAGCGGGAGGGGUCCGCCUGAGUGGGUGAUGGCUUUGGGGCCGCAUCCUGCAAGCCGGAGCCAGGACCCUUGGCUGCAACACAGCCUUCCCCACAGACAGCUCACCGGCAGCCCCGUGGCUCUCCCCCGUGGGAUCCAGAGAGGGGCCAGCCCUGUGAGCUGGGGGGCUCCUGGCGUCCCCAGCCCAGCACUGUUGGGCAGCCACAAACAGGGACCCUCUGGGCUUAGGGGAUGGGCUCUCGUUGGGUCAGUAAAUCACCCCCAUGCACAUGCCAAGCCAGAGCCUCCAGCCUCACCUGAAUGUAGAGCUGUCCUUCCGCAGCAAGCUCCUUAUCUUUCUGAAUUCUCCUGCAUCUAUCCUUGCUCAAGCAGUUGAUGAAGGAUUGUGCCGGCAAAUCU